CACUGUUGUAAAAGGAAGUGGGCUAAAGUUGUGUACACAGCUCACAGUGCUCUCCAAAGACUAGCCAACAACAUGGAAGAGAGAUAAGCUGAGUCUGAAUCAGGGCAAACGACAGAAACAAGCGAGAGGGAAACAGCAGGAGGAGAGAUUAUUGAUUAUUUCUCUCAUGCUGGUGUGAGAAUCAUAAGCUGUCAGUCAACAUGAACGAUCCUUUUGACCGAGCUCCGGGUGCAGGGAGAAGCAGUGUGAAUCCAGGAGACUACGGCUUCCCUGGUGGAGCUGCAGCUGGGGAAAAAGAAGCCAAACCUCCUGUUUUUAACCAAAGGGAACCGCUCAGACAGCCGAGAACCUGCCCGCCUUUUCUCGAGAGCAGCAGCGGCGCAAACCUCAGCAGCGACGCAGGCUCAGAUUGGAACUGUCCAAAAGAAACUCAACAAUAUCCCCAGAGUACGUCUCUGUACAAUGAUGCAAGUUCUGUUGUCAAGACAUCAAAAUUAUCUGCAAAUGCACCAGAGUUUGUUCCCUCUGGGUUUUUCACAUAUGAGGAACCUCCCUUGUACGAUGAAGGUGAUGCGUACUAUAAUGAACCCACUUUGGCAGACAUGGUCACAGACUUCCUUGGCCAUCUGAGCUCUUCGCCUGGGUCUUUCGAGUCAGAUAUUGAGUACAUAACAAACAUGCUCAGUUCUUAUGUCUCUACUGAAGAGUUACUGCAGGAGCUAGUGGAACUCAUCUACUCCAAGUCUACUGAAAUCCCAAACUUUUCUUACAUGGGGGCAAGGCUUUGUAAUUACCUUUCCCAUCAUCUCACUAUAAGCCCAGCAAAAGACAACUUCCGCCAGCUUCUCUUGAAAAGAUGUCACAUAGAAUACGAACAAAGGGAUAAAGCUGUUCGGGGAGAUACUGAGACGCAAAAAAGAUUUCAUUCUUAUGUGCUCUUUUUAGCCGAGCUAUACCUUCACCUUGAGGUUAAAGGUGCCAAAGGAGCUCUAAAUAGGGCUAAUAUUCUUCUUAAUGCGCUCAAAGAUCUCAUGAUCAGUCUCCUCUCUCAUCCUGUGGACGCCAAUCUCAUCUGUGCAGUCAAACUUCUUAAGCUGACUGGCUCGGUUUUAGAUGACGAGUGGAAGAGUACGAGGCAAACACACAUGGAUGAAAUUAUACAGAGAAUAGAGACGGUUUUAUUAGAUGCCACGUGUAGUCGAGAUGUACGGCAAAUGCUUCUGAAACUGGUGGAGCUGAGAUCUAGUGACUGGGGCAGGGUAAAAAGCGCCACAGCAACAAGCAGCGCCACACCAGACAAUGAUCCCAAUUACUUCAUGAAUGAACCCAUAUUUUACACUGAAGAUGGCACUCCCUUUACUGCAGCAGAUCCUGAUUUUGCUGAGCGAUACCAAGAAAUUAUGGACAAACAAAAUUAUUUUCAUGACUUGGAUGGGGAAAAUGGCUCUGAAGGCUUUGACUUUGAGGAUGAGAUGGAGCCGGAAAUGGAAGAAGCUUUUGAGAACUUUUGUUUAGAAACAGAAAGAAAGCGUCAGAAUCGUGGCUCUCAGUAGGCACAUGUUUAUAUCACGUAAGAUGCUGGAAAAUUUAACAGAAUAACAACAAAUAGCCCAAACGUUUA